AUGGUCGCCAUCAAAGGCAUGGGAGGCGUCCUUGGCUGGUUGUUCUCAAUCCAAGCGUCUCUGAGCCAAGACAAGACCAACGGAAAAUCCCCUCUUGGCACUUUGAAUGCUGCCAAGCUGCCACUCUUUAUGAGAAACAACCCGCUCCCCAACGGCUUUCCCUGGGGCAAGCUUUCCGCCGAUGGCACCAACUACUACAAGGAGUGGCCCAAUACCGGCGUCACCCGCAAGUACGACUUCACCGUCAGCCGCGGUGUGAUCGCCCCUGAUGGCUACGAGCGCAAGGUCCUGCUCGUGAACGGUGCCUUCCCCGGCCCUACUAUUGAGGCCAACUGGGGUGACUGGAUCGAGGUGACGGUCACGAACAACAUCACCGAUGGCCCUGAGGGAACCGCGCUCCACUGGCACGGAUUCAGACAGCAGAACACCCAGUGGGAAGAUGGUGUCCCGGCUAUCUCCCAGUGCCCGAUUGCUCCCGCCAAGACCUACACUUACAGGUUCCAGGCGACUCUGUACGGAACUACUUGGUAUCACUCUCACUACUCCUCUCAAUACGCUGGUGGCUUGUUCGGACCCAUGGUCAUCUAUGGCCCUGCUAAAUCUCAGCCUGAGAUUGAUCUUGGCCCUAUUAUGCUCUCUGAUUGGUACCACAAGCAAUACUUCGAUCUCAUUGAGGAAAUCUUGCAGGUUAAUGGCAGUGGCUUGGUCUUCUCGGACAACAACCUGAUCAACGGCAAGGGUAACUUCAACUGCUCCACCGUUGCGACUGGAGAUAACACCAAGUGCACCAACAAUGCCGGUAUCUCCAAGUUCAAGUUCCAGACCGGCAAGACCCACCGCCUCCGUCUCAUCAACUCCGGUGCCGAGGGAACCCAGCGCUUCUCCAUCGACGGACACACCCUCACCGUCAUCGCCAACGACUUUGUUGAGGUCGAGCCCUAUGACACAAAGGUUGUCACCCUCGGUAUUGGCCAGAGAACCGACGUCCUUGUCAAGGCCAACGCCGACAACAGCAACCCCAGGGGUGCCUACUGGAUGCGUAGCAACAUCACCAGCUGCAGUCUUAGCACCCAGCCCCUCGCCCUUGCUGCCGUCUACUACGAUCUGGCCGACCAGUCCAAGGCGCCCACCAGCAGUGCCUGGAACGUUCCUGACCCCGGCACCUGCGUCAACGAUGACCUCGCUCUCACCAAGCCCGUCAUGAAGCUCAAGCCGGCCAACGUCCCCGUCACCAGGACCAUGGAAAUCAAGGUCUUCCGCAAUGACUCUGGUAUUGUUCAAUGGUCGCUUGGCGGCGUUGACUUCCGCGGCAACUUCAACGACCCCACGCUUCUUCAGGUCAACAAGGGUGAUUUGACCUUUGAAAAUGACUGGAACGUCCAGAACUUUGCCAAUAACGGCAGCGUUCGCAUUGUCGUCAGCAACAACAGCCCUGCAGCUCAUCCCAUGCAUCUCCACGGUUUCAACAUGUACAUCCUCCACGAGGGUGACGGCCUGACAUGGGACGGAACUAUCACCAACCCCGAGAACCCUCAGCGUCGUGACGUUCAGCAGGUUCGUGCCGGCGGCCACAUGGUCAUGCAAUUCGACUCCAACGAGAACCCUGGUGUCUGGCCCUUCCACUGCCACAUUGCCUGGCACGCAUCCGCCGGUCUCUUCUCUCAGUUGCUGGUUCAGCCCGAGAAGGUCAAGCAGCUCCGCAUUCCUUCCGCCGUCGCUGAUGUCUGCAAGGAUUGGUCUGCCUGGACCCAGAGGAACAUUCCUGAGGUCAUUGACAGCGGUCAGUAG